GAUCUCACUGUGCUUCUGUUAUGGCAGUCGUUGUGUGUAUAAUCUGAUGUGCAGAUGUGGAUGUUGUUAACUCUCUGUCUUUCUUCUUCAUCAGUGGUCUGCUGUGUGGCCUUUUACCUGUGGCAGGAGCAGUUGUGUUUCGCCGGUUGGACCUUUGCGCUCUUGUUGCCCGGGUCACUGGUGCAGGUGUUGAGCUUCAGGUGGUACAGAGCCGACGGAGACACACACACGUGCCACAACUUCAUCAUACACACACUCCAUCUGGGCAUCUUCAAAAGGCUGUCUGCAGUGGCUCUGUGCAGUGGUGUGUGUCUGCUGUCUCUGUCGUGGGCGCUGGUGCUCUACAGUCGGGCCUGUUGUCUGAUUCGUCCUGGGCAUUUGCAGAUGCCGCCGGCGGCUCUCCUCAGCCAGCUGCUGUGGAGAACGGGCAUGUUAGCGGCCCGCUUCACCAGCCUCGCCCUGUUCACCCGCACCUUCGGCUGCUGGCUCAUCGGGGUCAUCGCGUCUCAUUGGCUGAUGGCAGCGCUGUGGUUGGUCUCCCAACAGACGGACAUAUAUGUAGGCCAAUGGUCAUGGCGGGUGUUUAACUUCAUUCUGGGAGGCGUUCAUGUGUUUCUGUUCCUCAAUGUGAAGGACGGUCCGUCCCGCUUCCGGAUGGCAGGAUUCUACACGGUGAUGCUGUUGGAAAAUGCUACACUGCUAUUGGCUGCGUCUGAAAUUCUGAUUGAUGCAUCAUGGGAUAGCCUGACCAUCCCCACUGCUGUCCUGUGCAGCUUCCUGCUUGGUCUGACGUCUCUAAUAUUAUACUACCGCUUCCUGCAUCCCAAGUCCACUGAAAUCUCUCAGGGUCUGCAUCAGCGCGCGCACAUGGGCCGCGAGUGUCUCCAGCAGGCCGACUCCUCCUUCUCUCUGGGAGACAAACAUCUUCCUCCGGCAGCUCUUCCGGUCCUCUUCCGUUCCUCCCACCCUUCCUUCUCUCUCUCCGGGAUCCCAGGAUCACUUCUGGAGCAUCCCGGCAGCUGCGGCGUCAAGCCAGACGGAGAGUGUCGGCACCAUCACUGGCUGCUCAUCCGUCUGGCAUUAAAAACAGGAGACCCGGUGAAAAUCAACAGCGCUUACGGGGCAGGAGGAGUGUCUGGGAUAUUAGCGGUGGAUCAGAAAGCGGAAAUGAUUGACGAUGGGUGCAUUUCCGCAUCCGAGAGCCGGGACGAUACGAUGGCGCCGCUGUCCGACUGCAGGGAAGAGUUCGAGAGCAUGAGCGAAGCUAAAGACGACGAUGAUGAAGAUGACAGUCUGGAAAUGGAGAGUCCUUUAGAGUCGCCGGUUACUUUAUCAGACUGUAAACGCAGCUCGCCCGAGGGGAAGUCUGUUUUCGGGGACAGUCCGGAACCUAAUUAUUGCCCCACAGAAUCCAGCUCUACGUUAUACUUCAGUGCCGACCCGCAAUCCCCGAGCAGCUCCAGUAAUCCGCGUUUGGAUCGAGAAACGCCGUUCAGUUUCGGGUCUGGAACUGGACUGGAGACUCUGGAUGAGCUGAGCCCGAUUUCUACAGAUGGCGGCCUGCACAGGGAUCUGGUCAGAGGGCUUCUGGGCCGGGCGGGUCCCUGUUACACUUCCGCACCAGGGUUAAAUGGAGAGGCUUCGGGAUACUCCUCAGGGGCCCUCGCAGGCAGGUGGUUUUGUCCCGUAGGGGUCCUGAAGAUGACGUUGGAUUUUAAGGGGAUAGUUCACCCCAAAAAUUUAAAUGUAUUAUUUAUUUA